CGUGAUACCGCAUCAUUGCGUAACACCAUGAACAAGAUUUCGUCGAAAGUCGGUGUUGCGUAAGUUGGUCUUUUGAAGAUGAGAUUUGAAUGCUGAAACAGCAAGAUAGGUAACACAACAAGUAGAUUACCCCCAACUCUUUCGUGGGGCCACCUUAGACUUUCCAAUAGUCACAGUAUCAGCCAGUCCUCUAAAAUGGCUCGUAUCGAUAAGCUGAACUUUGACAACCGUGUCUUGAGAACCUUGCCGAUUGAUCCAGAGACUGAGAAUUUCACCCGGCAGGUUGCUGGGGCUUGCUUCUCUCGUGUGAAACCGACCCCUGUGGCCAACCCAAAGACAGUUGCAUACUCCGUUCCUGCGAUGCAACUACUGGACUUGCCAGAGGAGGAGCUGAACAGAGGGGAUUUCCCUGCAUAUUUCUCAGGAACCAAGCUCUUACCAGGGAGCGAACCUGCAGCCCACUGUUACUGUGGCCACCAGUUUGGGAGCUUUGCUGGGCAACUAGGAGAUGGUGCAGCCAUGUAUUUAGGAGAAGUUGUCAACCAAGCGGGUGAGCGAUGGGAGAUUCAGUUUAAAGGUUCCGGUUUAACCCCUUACUCCCGGACAGCUGACGGUAGGAAGGUACUGAGGUCUACCAUUAGAGAAUUCCUCUGCAGUGAAGCGAUGCAUCAUCUUGGCAUAUCGACCACAAGAGCUGGGAGCUGUGUGACCUCUGACACUAAAGUAGUACGUGAUAUCUUCUAUAGUGGUAAUCCUAUCCAAGAGAGGGUCACCAUUGUACUUCGCAUUGCUCCAACGUUUCUUAGGUUUGGUUCAUUUGAAAUCGUAAAGCCUGCUGAUGAGACGACAGGAAGGAAAGGUCCUAGUGCUGGAAAAAAGGAUAUUUUAGAAAAGAUGCUUGAUUACUCCAUUCAGUCGUUUUAUCCAAAGAUCUACGAGGAGUUUAGUGAGGACCUGGUCCAGAGGAACCUUGCCUUCUAUCGAGAGGUGGUGAAAUCAACGGCCAAGAUGGUUGCUGAAUGGCAGUGUGUCGGGUUUUGUCAUGGGGUGCUGAAUACAGAUAACAUGAGUAUCUUGGGUAUCACUAUUGAUUAUGGUCCUUUUGGUUUCUUGGAUGGUUAUGAUCCAGAUCACAUAUGUAAUACAACUGAUGAUAGGGGGCGCUAUACAUUUACGCGGCAGGCUGAAAUGUGUCGAUGGAACUUGGGCAAAUUUGCAGAAGCCCUCUCAAUGUGCCUUCCAGAAGAAGUGUCCAAAAAAGAGUUGGAGCUCUUUGACCAGACAUUUGAGGAACAUUAUAUUACCAAGAUGAGAAAGAAACUAGGGUUGAUUCAGAAAAAUCUAUCUCAAGACAGAGCUCUGAUAGACUCAUUACACAUGGCCAUGCAGACAACUAGAGCAGACUUCACCAAUGUAUUCCGUUCACUGAGUACACUCCCUCUGCCUGGUUCACCGGGAUUUGAUGAACAAUGCAGCAAGCUACAGGAUUAUUUGCUCUCACAGUGCUGUGGUGUGGAGGAACUCAGGAAGGCAAACUCACCUCGUAUUCAUCCAAGCCAACUGCAGAUGCUCAUGAUGAUAUCACAGAGCAACCCGUCCUUACUUGAGCAACUAUUUGGUGGCAGUUCAACCCUCAGGAAAGAGCUAGCCAAACUAGAAAAGGCCAAAGAACUCAUCAGCCUUACUGAGGAGCAGAAGAGAAGUGACGAUUCAGCAGUCUGGUCCAAGUGGUUAGAUGAGUACAAGCUAAGGUUGAUGAAGGAGACCGAGGAUACAUCUACUGAUCUGAAGGAACUCAACCAAAGGAGAGUUGAAGUCAUGAACGCCACCAAUCCAAGGUUCAUUCUGCGUAACUACAUAGCAGAGAACGCCAUAAACGAAGCAGAAAAUGGGAACUUCUCAGAGGUUCAAAGAGUGUUAAAGCUAUUGGAAUCUCCAUUCAGUGAUGACGUAGUCUUGCCAACCGUUGAAGAUCAACAAACAGAGUGUGCUUCUGAUGAAGAUACAGGAGCGAGCAAGCCUUCUGGGUCGUCCACUCUGCAGUCCCCUAAAGUGAAGAGUUGUACUGGUGAAGCUUAUGACAGCAGGCCUCCUGCAUCAGCUAUGGAGCUUAGAGUCAGCUGAUCUUCAUAAUUUCCUCCACUUAUCAAGUCACAGCUCAUCGAGUUUUUAAAAUGGACAGGUCAAUUGAGAGCAAGAAUCCUGUUUUACUCAUUUCUAUCGAUCAUUGUUUAAUAUGUACAGUAAAUCUGGUAUUGUACCUCUCCUAGUUUGAAUCUAUUUUGUGAAUUUGAGCAAUGAUGUAUGUACUCGUGAGCUGUGACUUAAGCUGGAGGAUAAUUUUUAAAUGUCACAAGGUAUGUCAAGGUAUGGUAUUUUGUAAACGCUCAACUUGUAUUUAUGAAGAUUUGCAUACAAAACUCAUUUUUUGAGAGGAUGCAAAUCUGAUGUUGAUACCUUGAUGAUGUUUAGUAAUCUUAGAAUUUUCAGGACUUGUGUCCCAUCUUAAUUUAUGUCUGCCCAGUGUAUUAUGAAACCCAAGGCUGCAAGAUUAUGUUCCGAGAUGAUGUGGCCAACCAGAAAGUGAUGUAGAUUUUACUUUGAAAGUUGAAUGAAGUCAAUGAUUUAAAGAGCAAUAAAUAAAUAAUAUAGUACAUUAUGAUAACUUGUGGGAAACUAUGUAAACAAAUUUGCCACUAUACAUAUAUGUAACUGUUUGUGUGCAAUGUUAAUGUACAUGCCUGUCAUAUUGAGAGUGCAGAAUUACGAGUCUUAAUAAUUAUGUGUUAAUGAUUUCAUGUGUUGUGUGUUUUAUACAGGUGCUUGAUGCCUUGAUUUUGUUAAGAAAUAGUGAUUUUUAUAUCUAAAUCAAACUUUAAAUAGCCGAGAUAAACAUGACUAAAACAAAUCCCUAUUUCUUCAGGAAUUUGGCCUGUUCUGCAGCCUCAUCAUGCAGUAUUCCACUCCCUCUGUCUGUGUUGGGGAGAAACAAAAAAGUUUUUUUUUUUAAAUUCUUCAAAACAGGCAGAUUUUUUAAAAUGUUAUAGCUGCCUGAACUUCUGUGGAGGAAGUGAGGCUGUGAAGGCCUAGGUUCUGGUGAUUUGCCAUUUCUGAGAGUUCACAUACCAAUGUUUAUUGGAAAACUGCAGUUAUGAUUUGAUUACCUCACUGUACUGUAUAUAGAAGUCAAUGACUGGUAUGUUCUCAUCUCAAUAUAACAUACUUCAUGACCAUUAGUCAUUUGAACAAGUACAUAUGUAGCAGUAUCAUAAAACUUUAAUAGUUAUCAUUACGUGUAUAACGCAAAUAACCAACAAACGAGGUGCUUACAUUAUUGAAUGAAAAAAAACUUGAUUUUGAACAUCUGAAUAUACUGCAUUAUUUCAUGAGGCAUGUGUAUCAAACUAUUUGAUAUUCACUUUACAGAAAAUAUGCUACUACAAGUAUUUAAAAAAAAAUGUUAGUGAGCUUUUGGAUUAAAAACUAAUCGUUCCUAUAAGUAUCAUGGAAUGUACUACUAAGACUAUUUCAGAGAAAUUGAUCAGUUAGCUUUCAUAAAAAAUAUAUACAUAUAUAUUUUAAUAUUGGAGACUGCCUAUGUCCUGGAAGGAUCUCCGACACCAAUGACUGUCUUUCGAGUGUUUAUUCGCAGAAGGAAUUGCAUUGGAACACAACUCAACUAUAUACUAUAAAUAUACAUUUUUAGAUAACCAUCCAUAUAAAUAGAAUGAGUAAGCAUAACAUUUUUUUUUCAUGAAGAGAUACUGAAUGUUUUUGGGAGGAAAGUACUUGGUUUGCUACUUGAUAAUAUAAAUAGUAUCGUAUGAAUGUAUUGAAUUGAUAAUUUAUUGACUUGAUAAUAUAAAUAGUAUCGUAUGAAUUUAUUGAGUGGUGAGUUUACUGAGUUACUAUGUUAUCAUUCUAGUGGGUCUAUGUUAUAAGACUACACAGCUCGGAAUGUUGCAUUAUGAUGGCCUGAUGUUAGUUGUCGAAGACUUGAAGUGGUGCGAUUAAGGCUAAAGAUAAAAUACUUUAGAAGAUCGCACCAUCUCGCUCUCACACAGCAAGCCGAAAAAUCAUCCCUCUAUUGGCAGUCAGAAUACCUUCCCCUUGCAUGACAAAAGUGGGACUUUCUUCUACAGUCAGCAUGGAUCUAGGUCCCGUUUCAUAAAGACUUAUAAUAAGUGCAUGAUUUCUAUAACAAAUUUAUUAUCAGCCAAUCAGAUUGAAUAAUUUCAGUAGCUUUUAACCGUUAUUGCAGUUUUGCUAUUUUGACAAGUAAUAUGAAACAGUCCCCAGCUCACAUGAGCCUCCUCUCACUGUCCCUCAAACACCAUAUCAUGCUCCAAGUAAUUAACCCAAACCACAUGACCAUGUUUCUUUUGCAAUCACUUCAUUUCCCUAUAUGGUGGUCUACCAAAGCUCAGAACCAAAAUAAGGCAAAGGAGACUGAGAAUGCUGGUGUACUUAGCCCAACAUCCGGUAACGUCCCGUAUUUCUAUGGGAACUGAUACAAGGAAAAAGAGGAAGAAAAUUUGGUCUACAUAAAUUUCCAGGGAUACUGGCAUCAGCAAUUCACCUGACUUUAAAACCAUGACUUUAAUUCACCUGACUUUAAAACCAUGAGACAGCUUGGAUAUAUCUCGUUCAUGACUCCCGAAGUUCACAUAGGAUUGUCCUAUGACACUUGAAAUAGUAAUACUAGUAUUAUGUAGUAAUUACCUUAACAGCAACCCAGAAUUGUAUACGUUUUAUUUGACAGGGUCAUAAUUCUAUCGCACAAAUAUGUAAUUUCCUCACUAUGUCCUUUCAGCAGCAAUGAUCAAGGACAUUUCUAUGAAAGCCUGCUAAUUUGCAUUUUUUUUUUAAAUAUGAGGAAUCCAUAGCCAUGCUUACUUUUAAUGGCAAAAUUCAUAUUUUACAUCUCGUAGAUUUUAUUUUAUGUAUUUGGCCGAUCAUUUUACCACGUUUGUAUGUACAUAUAUCUGCUAUUUUGAAAGUACUAUGAUGGUUUGAAUGAAUAAUCAAUGAAGAAAUAAAAUUACCGUGUUUAUAGUA